GGGAUAUAGGUGACCAGGGGGAGAAGGGGGACGCAGGUCUUCUCUGGAGCAGCAGGGCCCCCAGGAGCCAGAGGCCCCCAGAGAGGAUGGGUCCAAGAAACUCUUCUCACUUCCCUCCCCCUCUCUCUCCUCAGGGUCCGAUUGGUUUCCCAGGAGAUUCAGGCCAGCCAGGGGAGGCAGGACCCAACGGGGAGGAUGGAGGUCCUGGAUCCAAGGGAGAUGGUGGAGAUCCAGGGAAAUCAGGUCCACCAGGAGCAUCAGGGGAACCCGGGCCCUCAGGACCACCGGGACGCAGGGGUCACCUGGGUAAAGAAGGGAAGCAGGGGAAAGCGGGGGUGAAAGGAGCGAAGGGCUCUCCAGGGUUGGAGGGUCUCCUGGGGAAGACAGGACCGGUGGGAGCCCAGGGACAUUCUGGUAAACCAGGUCCUAGUGGUCUCAGAGGGAUCCCUGGCCCAGCGGGGGAACAAGGUUUAAAUGGACCACCAGGCGUAACAGGACCACCAGGACCCAUGGGUCCUCCAGGACUACCGGGGUUGAAGGGAGAUCCAGGCAGGAAGGGAGACAAGGGUCAUGGAGGUCUGAUUGGGCUGAUAGGCCCUCCAGGAGAGUUUGGAGAGAAGGGAGACAGAGGAUUUCCAGGGAACCAGGGUCUACUGGGACCCAAAGGAGAUGAGGGUCCUAAUGGUCUCGCAGGUCCUAAUGGUCCUCCAGGUCUACCUGGACUCUCUGGUAGAGUAGGACAGAAGGGUUCUAAAGGGAAUCAGGGUCCCAUUGGUGCUAUCGGAGAUACAGGUCCUGCUGGCCCUCCUGGACCUCCUGGUCUCCCUGCGGUGGGUCUUCAGUCUCUCCCGGUGCAGGAGAGAGGGAGGAGGAGGAGGCAACACUCUUCCUUUGACGGGGCCGCUCUGGAAGACGAGGAAGAGCAAGAGGGGAUGGAGGGAAGGGAGGAGGGAGAGGAGGAGAGGAUGCAGGCAGACCAGGCAGGGCAGGAGGAGGAGAAAGAGUUGGAGGAGGUGUUUGCUUCUCUCUCUUCUAUGAGGACAGAGGUAGAGGGUCUGAGGACUCCCCUGGGGACCUACCAGUAUCCAGCCCGAACCUGCAAGGAGCUACAGCUGUUGUUCCCAAAGUACACUGAUGGUGAGUACUGGAUAGACCCUAACCAGGGUUGCCAUAGAGACUCCUUCAAGGUGUUCUGUAACUUCACGGCCGAUGGAGAGACAUGUCUGUACCCUGACAUGAAGUUCCAGUCGGUGAAGCUGAGUUCCUGGAAAGGAGAGAAACCUGGUACCUGGUACAGCCAGUUCAGGAAAGGAAAGCAGUUCUCCUAUUCCGGUUCAGAUGGCAGUCCGGUCCAUGUAGUCCAGUUGGUGUUUCUUAAGCUGUUGAGUGCUUCAUCCAGACAGACGUUCACCUACCACUGUCAGAACUCAGCCGCCUGGCUCCAUACCGCCACCUUCAGCCACCAGCACGCGCUGCGCUUCAGAGGGAGCAGUGGAGAGGAGCUCACGCACCAGAACACACACUACAUCACAGCGCUGCACGACGGCUGCCAGUCUGCUUCAGGUCAGGAGAGGACGGUGUUAGAGUUUGAUGCCCCUCAGUCAGACUCUCUCCCCCUCAUCGACGUCUCUGUCUCCGACUUCGGACACAACAACCAGAAGUUUGGCUUCCAACUGGGUCCCGUCUGCUUCAACGGUUAACGGCAGCCCUCCACAGCCGGUAACCGGGAUGAGACGGCCGGUCACAGGGUUGAGAUCCACAGACAUUUACACAGGGGAAACCAGGAGACAGACUGAUGCCGUCAGAGAGAUAUUUAUAUAGCUUUACCCCAGCACUCAUCCAUUCAUACUAACAGACACUCAUCCAUCCAUUCAUACUAACAGACACUCAUCCAUUCAUUCAUACUAACAGACACUCAUCCAUUCAUCCAUUCCUACUAACAGACACUCAUCCAUUCAUUCAUACUAACAGACACUCAUCCAUUCAUACUUACAGACAUUCAUUCAUUAAUUCAUCAAUUCAUCCAUUCAUACUUAGAAAUUCAUCAAUUCAUACCAACAGCCUGGUAAUGGGGUUGAGAUCCACAGACAUUUACACAGGGAAAACCAAGAGACUUGCUGACGCCAUCAGAGAGAUAUUUAUAACGCUUUACACCAGGAGUCAUCCAUUCAUCCAUUCAUUCAACCAUUCAUCCAUUCAUACCAGCAGACACUCAUUCACUCAUCCAUUCAUACCAGCAGACACUCAUUCACCCAUCCAUUCAUACUUACAGACACUCAUUCACUCAUCCAUGCAUUCAUUAAUUCAUUCACUCAUUCAUCUUUUCAUAAUUACAGACACUCAUCCAUUCAUUCAACCAUUCAUCCAUUCAUUCUAACAGACACUCAUCCAUUUGGCAUUCAUUCAUAAUUACAGACACUCAUUCAUCCAUUCAUUCCAGCAGACACUCAUUCACUCAUCCAUUCAUACCACACACACUCAUUCAUGAAUUCAUCCAUUCAUUGAUUCCUCUGUUCAUACUUACAGAUACUCAUCCACUCAUCCAUUCAUUCAUCCAUCUAUUCAAACUUACAGACACCCAUCCAUUCAUUCAACCAUUCAUCCAUUCAUUCUUACAGACACCCAUUAAUUAAUUCACCCAUUCAUCGAUUCAUCCAUUCAUACUUAGACACUCAUUCACUCAUACUUACAGACAUUCAUGCAUCCAUUUAUCCAUACCCACAUUCAUUCAUUCAUCCAUUCAUCCAUACCUACAUUCAUUCAUUCACCCAUUCAUCCAUUCCAACAUUCAUUCAUUCAUUCAUACACACAGUACAUUGUCCAUUCACACAUUUUCUCACUCAUUCAUUCAUCCAUCAUUCCUACACUCACUCCUUCCUAUAUUCAUUCAUUCAUGCAUCCUGAAACCAAAGAAGCACCUCUACAUCUGGGAAACAUUUCCACAAUGUGUAACUAACGUUAAUUAGAUGCUGUAUUCCAACCUCAUGUUGUCCCCAUUCUGUGUUGUUGAUGUGUGUGUUUUUAUAUGAACAGUUUUGUGUUGUGUUCUAAUGUAUAUUUGUGUGAUACUCAACCAUGGUGCUACAGUCUUUUACUUGAGUUUGUUUAAUGUCAUGUAUGUCUUCCUUGUCAAAGGGAAAGGGAAGACAGCCAUUUUGUUUUUUUGUAUUUGUAACAUAAUGAUGAUGAUGAACAACAUUCUUGUCAGGACAUUAGAGGAUUAUGAUGUCACAAUGCCAUUUUAUUCACACCUGUGGGAAAAUUAAAUAAUGAAUAACCUGUUUUAAUAAAAGUACACAACUGUUCACCUGA